UAUUCGCGGCCGCACCUCGGCGCUCUAUACACCACAGCCGAAAAAUGCGUGAAAAUUAAAAAUACCAAAACGACUCAGGGCCGAAACGACCUGGGCCGAAUAGACCCCCAGGCUGAAACGACUCUACACCUGCUGAUGAUGGUAGACGACAACAACAUCGUGUCCCUAAAAAGUACUCUAUGUACACCCUACCCCGUAGAAUGGCCUUUGCUGGAAAAGGGAGGAACACAAGAUAUACUGAAUGCCAUUCAAAGAACAUUUGAACCAUUAAAAGAUAAACUUGCAAGAAUGAAAUCAAGGGGUCGGAAGAAUCGUGAGCAUGCAACAAAAAUUCAAGAAGGUAGUCAAAAUAUAAACCCAAGAUCUCAGAUUUUGAUUGGUAUUAACGAAGUUACAAGAGGUCUUGAAAGAGGAUUGCUUCGUUGUGUUGUUGUGUGUCGUUCAACAAAACCGAGUCACAUGACCAAUCACCUGUUGACGCUGAGUGCCACGAGAGAGACACCGGCUUUAUGUCUGUUCAGACUCAGUGAAAUUAUUUCACCAUUGCUGAAUCUGAACACUGUCAUGGCCAUUGGAUUUAAGAAAACAAGUGGUGAAAUCUCAGUAUUUGAGGAACUUGUUGAGCUGAUUGUACAGAAAACACCCAAAGUAAAUUUACCCUGGCUUCAAGAAGGCAAAAUUAGUCUAGAAAAACUCAAAAUAGAUCAUCCAAGGGAUAUACUUACUACCAGAACAGUAGUUCAAGGAACAGCCUCUAAAAAGGGAGAAACUGGAGAUGAAGGGACAUCAUCCAAGACACAGAAAAAUCAGGAAGUGGAUCAUAUUGAACCACUGCCCUUAGGGGUUAAGAGGUCAAGUGAGGAGAGUUUUAGUGAACAGCAAAAGAAGCACAUGAAAAAUUCUGUCUCGCCCAUAAAAAUAGAGUACCAGUUAGCCAAGAUAGAAAAAGUUAAAAUCAUUCCUAAGAAAUUUAAGUCAAAAAAGAAGAAAAAGAGAAAAAAGAAAGCAAAAGCUAUGUGAGUCCAUGGAGAAACAUUACACUGCACUACGGUAUUAUUUAUUAUAGCCUUGAGCAUUUAUACUGCUCUAUCCUAGUCACAAUUUUUGAGUUUUGCAAUUUAUUUUUUUGCCUGUUUUCCAUUGGUUCUAACUUGUGUUCUUUUUCAUGUAUUUAGCAUCCAUUCAAACAUGGUUCAACAUAGUAAAAAACAAGGACAUACAAAAAAUAGAGAGAAAUUGCCAAUCCAUAAAAUCAACGAAUGUUAAUUUAUUUCCAGUGUUUUUGUUGUUAGUAGUAAAUUGUUUGUUACCACCAAAAACA